CCUGAUCCCAGUUCCGCCGCCACCACCCCCGGAGGACCCAGAGCGAAAUAAUAGAGUACAUCGGUACGUAUCUACACAAGUACCUAGGUACCAUCCAAAAAACAGUACGUACCGGACCCAGUGAGGAGUGGCCUUGCAAGUCCUUGCACACCGCGCCUUCUACCCUCCACCUAUCCUACCCACUCCACUCCCUCCUAUCAAAUACAUAUGUACAACACCUACCCGCUUCCUUUCUCCCCUUCUUUAUGAACCUACAUCAUGAACCACGAAGAGUUUGAUAACUCUUAAGUGUUAAUAACGUCGGCGGUCGUAAACAUAAUCUCGACUAGCAUUAAUCGACAGCAACAGCGACAUCCCACCCCGACGAAUAUCUCAUACAGCAGCUACAGAAGCUACAGCAGCAAUAGUACCACUUUCGGCACUUAUACGUAUAAUCCAUCCCUUCUCCCGCCGCCGUACUUUGGACGAAUUCCCCUGAACUUUCUCGCCAACAGUCUAUUUUCGGCGCCGAUUAUCUUGAUAAUCAGCCUCUGGGGAGCUUAAGGAACCGAGUUCUUGUCCAAUUCGACAUUCGCGAUCGACUUCGCGAAAACCGAAUUCACCAUAUAUCCACUACUUUCUCCUAGUCUGCUCCAGCAGCCGAGCAGCCAUUUAGACGGCAUGCCUUGUAAAGCUGAAGGGCUGGUCCUGACCGUGGACCCGAACGUCAUCCACAAGGUCGACACCAACAACCCCCAGAACCUUUUUAGCAUGUGGACUGUUUUCUCCAGGUGUAAAGAUUCAGUCGAGCAAGGUCGAAGGUUAGAAAAUCUCAGUUGGCGAUUAUGGAAUAGAGAGACCUUCUGCUGCGAAGCUAAGGAAUUAUCUGCCGCAUCCGCAACCACACUACCGAAAGACAUCCCCGCCCAACAGCAAAUAUCAGACCUCCCUCAACUAUCAGGAAGCGUCGAUUCUGUCGCCGACGAAGAAGCAAUUGAUUUCACUACCAUCUCCGACCCUAUGGAAAUCGUCCGCCCUCGAAUUGUCCGACAAGAUUCUUGUGCCAGCAGCCGAAGUAGGGGUCGUGAGCGCCAUAUCACCUCGGACCACCUCGAGAAGAUGGUAGUUUCUAUUAUCCAGGAGAAGGAGCCGAACUUGGCGCCAUUACCCGCUAUGAGUUCUCCUUCAGUCGAGUCAUCAGAUGCCUCUCAAUCAUCUUGCCUAGAAGCAGAACAGACCCCCGCGACUCAGAUGAGCGAUUCUGGAUGCGAGUCAGUAGAUGCGCCGUCGCCGCAUCCGAGGCCUAUAGAGGCUCCUGCCACCACCGUCAUCCGAGGUUUCUCGCCGUCGCAGAUCCCGUCAUUCCGUGUAUCUCACGAACCCAAGUCAGCUGUGCAGGACCCGAUUCCUGAGCCUCAGUCGUCUCCUGCCCCUAAGCCAGUGCAGCUUAAGAAGCAGCCUGCAAAGUUCAAGUUUGGCGAUUCUUCUAGCAACGAAUCCUCGCCUCAAAGUGUAGAGGCUCGCAAGGCCAUGCCCCCGCCCCCGGCUCCUAAGAGGCCCAUGUUCGAAGUUGGCGUCGGAUCAUCUGGAGAAGACGACAGCCCUUCUCUAAAGAGUGCCAUGCACUCUUCUCGACCGGGCUCCAUGCUUAACUGCCAGAAGAAGCAGACCUCUUUCAACAACCACGUUACAAUGAGGACAAUCCAGACGCCUAGCGAUCAUUCCGACAGCUACAUGGAUGAAAGCGCUAUCGAUGAUGAUGAGGAUGAUUCUGAGUGGGAAGACUCCAUUGAGGAGAGUGGCAAGUCUAGUAUAGAUGAUGCAGUCACAUUCAAGCGGGUACCAUCAAAGGCGAACCUUACUUCUCAAAGAUCACUGAUUAGCCUCAUGUUCGCUGGACAAGAGGAACGAGCUAAGGGUCUUAGCAACUACGCGUCGCACUCGACGCCUGCUAUUCCCCAGCGCGCGCGAGCACUUCAAACCACAUCCAACAUGAAUAUGGUAUCCUCUCCUAACGAUUCCGAUAAUGGCCUCGAGAUGCGCAGAGGUCUACGACCUACGCCGCUAAAACCAAUUAACGAGGUCACGAGAACCGGCGCCCAGCCCAUCAUGGUUAACCCUCAGACCCACCACUACCACCAAGCCGCGUUAUCGCCCAGGACAACCCGAAGGAACAUGUUAGCCACAGAAUUGACAGAGUCGCUACGCCGUCAACUUCUAUGGGAGCGACAACAAAAGUCGUCUACCGCUAAUGCCGUCUUAAAAAGGCGCCAUACUUCCCUCGACGUGGCCAAUUUGAAGCAGUAUCCAGAAAAGGCCUACAUGAGCAAGGGUCAAGAAGAGCCCAACUCGAGCAGCUGGAACCAAUACUUCUCCCGCGACGACUUCGGCGGCUACCACGCCCAGGGUUGGUAAUCUACCCUAUCCUACGAACCUCAACAGAAUCGACAGAAUAAUACCCAUCAAUCGAGUCGCCAGCAUGCAACUCGAUGGCAGAUCACAGGCUGCCUUGUAUUUUUUAUUUUUUUUUUCUACGAAGCAUUGCGAAGGUGGUUGCUUUCUACGAUACCGAUUGCAUUGCAUGAGGGCCGGCGUUUAAUGAUGUUGUUUAAUCACGAGGCGUCCCAUCGCCGAUAAUCCCACACUGCAUGGUUAGCCAGUGGGUUGGUCUCGGACCAAUCACGGUGUGGCCUCACCGUUACAGCGCAUAGGCUGGCUGCUUUACGGCCCGCUCGAGACUUAUCGUCGUGUCUAUGGCACACUCGCCUUUAGUUUUCAUAUUUAUUUGGCACUAAUCGGCGUUGCUACCCGGAUGAUACCACGGUCCGCGUUUGAUUUUGCCCUAACGGAAGGGCUGCAUUUGCUUUCUACUACUCAUAGUGUGUAUUUCAAGGAGAAUUAGAGGGCGACCUCAUGAAGAAGGAAUGAUGAACCAAAAGCAGGAAAAGAAAAGGGAGCUGUACUGUAGCGCCCAUCGCGGCGAAAAAAGGAGGGAGGUUUGCUAGCUAAAAAUUCAAAAGGUGCUGAAGAGAAGCGACCUAGCAAACAGGCCCAAGAGGAAGAUAAAAUAGCAUGCGCCAUGACCACAAAAACAUAGUAAAAAUCUUCAAGGCCUACCAAAUAAAAAGAAUAAAACGUGCUCCAACAUUCA